AAAGAAACGCAAUGAAAGCGAACGAAAAUGUUUUGGGAUCGUCCGAAGCUAACAAACACUACUACUGUAAGCCUGCCUCGCAACGAUCCCCCCCGUCCAUCGUCGAGAUUUUGAAAAAGCCGAAAUCUCGGAGAUCGUUCGUGUCCAUCACACCGCUCACGGAAUCGAAUGCUUGUAGGCUUGUAGACCCAUACCCUACCGUACGGCUCACCCACUACAGCAACACACCCAUCGACGAACCGCUCACCUUCCAUUCAGAGCGACCAGCUGCUAGCAGACGAGAUACCGCCGAUCAGAGACAGAGACGCCAGCACGCAACAAGCAACAAACAGCAAGCAGAACCCAACCCAACCCUUCGAUUCGAUUCGAUUCGAUUGAGGAUACCGCACAGCACAGCACAGCACAGCACACCGCACCGCACCACACCGGCUUGAAUUGCAAUGGCGUCCACGACCACCGAGGCCCCAACACCGACCCCCCCCGGGAACUCGACGAUGGCGACCUACUACGCCUCCAAGGCCAGCGAGCUGACCGAGACCGUCCGGGAGCGCGUSGCCGACCUCCAGCGGCUGAAGGCCCGGCGGAACGAGCUGAACGCCCGGGUGCGGAUGCUCCGGGAGGAACUCCACCACCUGCAGGAGCCCGGGUCGUACGUGGGAGAGGUCGUGAAGCAGAUGGGACAGAACAAGGUUCUGGUGAAGAUCAACCCCGAGGGAAARUACGUCGUGGACCUGGACAAGUCCCAGGUGGACAUCAAGGACCUGGUGCCGAACACCCGGGUGGCCCUCCGGAACGACUCGUACACCCUCCACAAGAUCCUCCCCACGAAGGUGGACCCCCUGGUCUCGCUCAUGAAGGUCGAGGCGGUUCCCGACUCGACCUACGACAUGAUCGGGGGACUCGAGAAGCAGGUGAUGGAGAUCAAGGAGGUCAUCGAGCUCCCCAUCAAGCACCCGGAGCUCUUCGAGUCCCUGGGCGUGGCGCAGCCCAAGGGCGUCCUGCUCUACGGGCCCCCGGGAACCGGAAAGACCCUCCUGGCCCGGGCGGUCGCCCACCACACCGACUGCACCUUCAUCCGGGUGUCCGGGGCCGAGCUGGUCCAGAAGUACAUCGGGGAGGGAAGCCGGAUGGUCCGCGAGCUCUUUGUCAUGGCCCGGGAGGCAGCCCCCUCGAUCAUCUUUAUGGACGAGAUCGAUUCCAUCGGGAGCGCCCGGGGCGGCGGCGGCGGGGACUCGGAGGUCCAGCGGACCAUGCUCGAGCUCCUCAACCAGCUCGACGGAUUCGAGCCCGCCCAGAACAUCAAGGUCGUCAUGGCCACCAACCGCAUCGACAUUCUCGACUCGGCACUCCUCCGGCCGGGSCGGAUCGACCGCAAGAUCGAGUUCCCCAACCCGAACGUCGASAACCGGAUGGCCAUCAUGAAGAUCCACUCGCGCAAGAUGAACCUCCUGAGGAACAUCGACCUCAAGGUCAUUGCCGAGAAGAUGCCCAACGCCAGCGGGGCCGAGUGCAAGGCCGUCUGCACGGAGGCGGGCAUGUUCGCCCUCCGGGAGCGGAGGGUGCACGUCACGCAGGAGGACUUUGAGAUGGCGGUCGCCAAGGUCAUGAAGAAGGACGGGGACAGCAACAUCAGCCUGCAGCGCCUCUGGAAGUAGGCGAGCGGUGGGACUUGCAAGACCAACCAACAGGCAGCAGCCAAAGCAACGAAAGCAAUACAGUAACCGCAACGCUUCGAUUCGAAGUACGACAAACCACAACGUUACGUUGCAACGCUACGGCGUUGCAUCACACCACUAUAGUACUACUAUUCGUUUACGGCCACGGAAUUCGCAUUCUAGUUACAAC